UGAAGACUCGCACACAACGUCUGGGCAGCAGGCUAGUGCUUCGGGCUUUACGUGUCUGGACACAGAUCAUUUUCGGCCAUUGGACGACAGAGUUAUGCCCGUUGAUGAUUCUGUAACUUCACUCGAAUCCGCAUCAGAGUUGCAAACUCUCGCGCAAGAUGGCGAACGAUCAAGACGACCGAAACGACCUACGACUCCGAAUGUGACCAGAAAGGCGACAGCAUCGACAGACCCGACUUGGAACCGCCCCAGGAAGGCAACCUCCAGACGGGAAGACACAUUAUCCGAGGAUGAACCUCUGGUCGACACAACCGCGGCCCUUCCUCUUAACUCCAAGAAGACUGCACGAUUGCAGAAACGGCAACGGAAGAAGCAGUCACAGAAGGUUCAUUCUAAUAUUCAGUCUUUCCUCGAUUUCCCUCCCGAGCUCAUAUCACUCAUCUUCAGCUUUUUGCAACCAAGCGACAUCUACACUCUGCUCCGCUUGAACCAGUUCACGCAGGACUUUAUCCUGGACAAUGAGAGGUCGAUCGCCGAAGGUAUCACGAGCCGCCGUUACUGGGCGCUCAGGCAAUGCUUCCCACUACCUGUUUUGCUGGACCAGGUACCAGCUUCUGCACGCCCAGUUCUGCUCAGUCAGCAAUGGCAAGAUCGCCUGAAGAUUCACAAAAAUCCUUACCAACAUAUCAGACAAAUUGACCCGGAAGUCGUAUGCACCUGUAUGAGCUGUCUUCUAGCCUGGAACAAUCUCAAUAUUGUCCUCGACCUUGCUCAUUGGCAGCCGAACUUCGAAAACCGCGAGCCACUGCCCGUGAUACCUCGUGGUAGAAAUCCGGACUGGAACAUCCAGCUACUUGAACAGCACGCAGAGAUUGUCAUGAAAGCCAUAUACAGUCCCCUCGCGCAUGCCCGGAUAUUGCAGACACAUCUCAAUGUGACUACCUGGACCAUCAUCCGCUCAGCCAAAUGGCGCAAGAAAGGGGAGAAAAUCACAACGGCGAAACCACGACUCUACCAUCUCACCGAUGCAGAAGCUGAGGCUGGAACAGAUGAAUAUCUGGACAGGAGCGGUCCGCCAUCAUAUCAGCCUAUCUAUAUGCGGGACAAUUAUUACAGUGUCGAGGCAUUUGUGCCGAACCGGAAAUGGGAUAAGGAGGCGCAGAGAUGGCAAUAUUAUUCGAAGUGGCCGAGGCCGCACGAGAAUGAUCUGGCGUGGCUUGUCGCUAGAUCUACUCCGCAACAGCCUUUAACGCAAGCGCUGCUUGAUCGUGAAGCGUUCAAAAUGUACGUAAACAAUACGUCCCUUCAACACCGGUCAGGCUGAGCUUGUGGAGAUUUGUCUGACUUCACGAAUUGAACUUGUUAAACUCCACAAGGUCCAUCAUGGAUGGUAUCUAGUAUUGCACCGAGACAUUUGAGCUCGUGCCGAUUGUACAGCAUGACGGAGUUGACAAGAGGUCCACCGUGGCCGGAAAAUAUAGAUUUG